ACGAAACUCAGCUGUAAACAAGCACUAUGGUAGGCACAAAAACGAGUCCAGCUUCUUCCAUAUGUGGAUCAGAAACCUUCCUCAGGUUUAUACCAGAAGCCUAGUUCCAGAAUCCCUAUCUGCUGUUUUCCUAACCUCUCUGAAUACGCAUGGAUCCUCACCAUUGUGCACGGCUUGCGAGGUUUCCAGUGCGCAAAAAAAUAGAGCAAAUAUAGAAAAUGCCGGCGCCUACUGCAUGUACGCGGGUAAUUCCAGCCGUGCGUGCAUACCCUGCCAUGUACAUACACAGUUGUAACCAAGGGAGUUAUUAUAGCUCAGCUAACCACAUUUCCACGACUCUAAAAUAUCCCAAACAUAGUCCCUUCUCAUCUAUAAAAGGACCCCUCACCCGCUUUAUUUUCCUCCUCUCAUUCACUACUCCUAAGUACAUACACAUCACUUUCUACUUAUUACACCUGCAUAUAUUCAUUCACCAUGAGUUCCAACAUUGAUGAGGUUGAUAUCGCAAGCAUCAAUUCUGAUAUCUCCAGAUUUUCUCCAGCGGUUGCAGAACAACCAGAGCACCAAAAUUCUCUUAAAAUUAUGAGAACCAUCUCAAACAUUCGCCAGCAAGAACAAGCCGACCACAACAACUUAGAACGGUUAAUUUCCAACAACGCUGGUGUCUCAAGGGUCGUUACCCGUCUUGAGGAACGUGCCGGGGCCUUGGGUCCCCUAGAAGUGCCCCUUGAUUUGGAAAAACCGGCUACCAAACACUCCAUCAUUGAGGACUACAACCCUACCGAGCAGGAUGAAUGGCAAUACCCAAUUGACCAAGAAACCGGUUUAAGGCUAGUCGAGUUCCUUGAGGGCGAUAACGACGAUCCAAGAAAUAUCAGUGACUCGAAGAAGUGGUAUUACACCAUAGUCUUGGGGUUGGUUUGUUUCACGGUUGCGUUUGGUUCUGCCGUUGUUACUGGUGACAUCGCCGGGCCGGCUAAAGAGUUCAACGUUUCAGUAGAGGUUGUCAUUUUAACCGUCACUUUAUUCGUCUUGGGCUUCGGGUUCGGUCCAUUGGUGUUUGCCCCAUUGUCCGAAGAAUUGGGCCGUUAUCCGAUCUAUGGAGUUACGUUAUUCCUCGCAGUAAUCUUUGUCAUCCCGUGUGCACUUGCUAAAAACAUUGGUACCUUGUUGGUUUGUCGUCUUAUCGAUGGGUUGGCCUUUUCUGCUCCCAUGUGUCUUAUCGGUGGCUCUUUGGCGGACAUCUGGCCUGCUGAAAAGAGGGGUGUGGCUAUGGCCAUCUUCUCUGCUGCUCCGUUCAUGGGACCUAUUAUUGGUCCUUUAGUUGGUGGCUUCAUCGGUGAUAACACUUCCUGGAGAUGGAUCUACUGGACUUUGCUUAUUUUUUCCGGUGUUAUCUACGUAAUUUUCAUGACCAGUGUCCCUGAAACCCACCACGCCACCAUUUUGAAAAAGAGGGCCAAGAAAUUGAGACGCGUGACCGGCGAUGACAGAUACCGUUCCUUGACUGAGUUGAAGAUUAGAAACAUUGCCGAGACUGCCAAGGUUUCACUCCUCAGACCUUUUUUGUUAUUGUCAGAAUUGAUUGUGUUCUUGAUAACCAUUUACAUGUCUGUUAUCUAUGGUUUACUUUACAUGUUCUUUUUUGCUUACCCGGUUGUUUACGGAGACAAGGGCUGGUCCGACUCUAAGAUCGGUUUGAUGUUUAUUCCUAUCUUGGUUGGUGUUUUUAUUGCCACUUCGUUCGCCCCAUGGAUCAACAGAGAUUAUAACCGUCGUGCGCAACCAUACCGUGACAGGGGCGAAAUGCCACCCCCAGAGUUGAGAUUGAUCCCGAUGAUGAUUGGGUGCUGGUUUGUGCCUGUAAGUCUUUUCUGUUUUGCCUGGACCUCCUACGAGUGGGUCCACUGGGCUGGUCCUUGUAUUUCAGGUCUCGGUGCCGGUAUUGGUUUCGCUGUCUUGUACAACCCUGCCAACAACUACAUUGUCGAUUCGUACCAGCACUACGCUGCCUCUGCUUUGGCUGCUAAGACUUUUGUCAGAUCAAUCUGGGGCGCCUGUUGUCCAUUGUUCACCAUUCAAAUGUACCACCGUUUGGGUAACGAAUGGGCUACCUCCUUGAUGGCUUUCAUUAGCUUGGCUUGUUGCAUGAUUCCGUUCUUGUUCUACAGAUACGGUGCUGUUAUCAGAGAAAAGUCCAAGUACGCAUACGCUCCAGAAUCUGGCGAGGCCAAAACUGAUGAUGCUGAAAAGCAUUUGAAUAGUUCUAGAAGUUCUGUCAGCGAGUAAACCCCGUCAGAUAUCCCAUAUUUUUCUCUCAUAUUUUAUUCUUAAGCCUAAUAGCUGCCUUUUAAUCUACACCAUACUUGUAGUAUUUAUUGCCUGCGGAG